UCCACAGGUUCAACAACUUAACUAACUUUUCCAUUGUUGACAACGACGACCGUAUUCCACGUGAAAUUUAGCUCAACAUUGCUCCUGUGAAAGGAAGUAAACCUCAAUCAGUUGGGUGAAAGGGCUCAGUUUUUUUAGUAUUACGCAAAAUGUGCCUAUUUUAAUUGAAUGUUGAGACUGACGAAUUACGGUGGUGCAAUAAGUAACAUUAAUGACGAAGAAUAAUUGAGAAACGAAUGAAAGUGAGACUGAUCUGUAACAAUAUUAAGUGAAAUACAUAUUCGAUUUUCAGUGAAUCAGACUUUUAUGAAAUUGCUUAUUAGUCUAGAUAAUUUUUGAUUACAAUGUUUAUUCAUGCGAUUUCUGUGUUUGUUGUACAAAGUGUUUAACAGUGUGAAAAUUGAGACAAAGUUUAAAGGUUGGCUUGCUGCUUGAUUCAGAUGUGACGUGAAAGUGUCAAAACUUUAGCAAAUGAGCGACCUAUCAUCACACAGUGCCAGAAGAGAUGAAGGGAAUUAGUAAACGAGAUAUUUCCGUGUCUGAUGAACUUGGCUAAGUCCUUUUCAGUCUCACAUAUUUAAAAAAAACGCAAUAUACAUAAAAAUCAGGUAGUUUAUUGUUCUAGUGAUCAAGUUGUGCCUUACGAUACUCAAUAUCAAAGGCAUCGAUCUGAUAGAUUUUCAUAAUUAGUAGAAGCAUUAGUACAAGAGUCAAGAAAAAGUGUCAUAAUAAAUACGAUUUUUAGAGUGAAAUUUUGAAAAAUUUGAUAAAAUGACGGUGUCAUACACGGGAGAUGUGGCGAAUGGGAGCAGCUUUGGUUGUUUCUGGAAAAUCCUGGGGAGAUGGCGAGGAUCAGUGUACAAAUUGAUAUGGCGAGAAUUGAUUGCCUACCUCUUUCUGUACUUCACAAUAAAUGCAAUGUACAGAUUGGGAAUGACGGAGGAUCAGCGAAGAAUAUUCGAGAGGGUGAAAGUGUACUGUAGCAAGCAGAUUGAGAGCAUUCCAAUGUCCUUUGUCCUCGGAUUUUACGUGACCCUCAUUGUGAAGCGGUGGUGGGAUCAGUAUUGGAUUCUUCCCAUGCCGGACUCACUUGCACUUUACAUCAGUGCCUCAAUCCAUGGUCAGGAUGAGCGAGGGCGUCUUUUGCGCCGGACAAUUAUGCGGUACGCAAUGAUGGCCUAUAUUAUUUGUCUGCAGAGGAUCAGCUUCCGAGUCAAGAAGCGGUUUCCAAGCUUGGAACAUCUCGUGGAUGCUGGUUUGAUGACUGACAAUGAGAAGAAGAUUUUCGAUUUGAUGGACAAUAAGACAAAAGUGCUCAAGUUUUGGAUGCCUGUCGUCUGGGCUUCCAAUCUGAUCAAUCGUGCUCGAGCAGAGGGUCGAAUUCAUUCAGAUCAAAUGGUGCAAACCAUUGUGACUGAGCUUUCUGACUUUCGGAGAAAGUUGGGUCGUGUCAUGGUUUAUGACACGGUUAGCGUACCCUUGGUCUACACACAGGUGGUCACUCUCGCCGUUUACACAUAUUUCUUGGCAGCUUUGAUCGGCAGGCAGUGGGUUAACCCACCCAAUCCAACGCUUAUCUACCCCGGCUACGAAUUGGAUUUGUACUUUCCCAUUUUCCUUUCUCUUCAGUUCAUUUUUUACAUUGGGUGGCUCAAAGUAGCCGAAACGCUAAUUAACCCUUUUGGAGAAGAUGAUGACGACUUUGAGCUGAAUUGGUUGAUUGACAGACACAUAAAAGUGUCAUACAUGGUGGUGGACGAGAUGCACGAAGAACAUCCUGAACUGCUCAAGGAUCAAUAUUGGGAACAGGUCGUUCCAGAGGACUUGCCAUACAACAUUGCUUCGGAACACUUCCGUCGACACGAGCCUCAAGGUUCGACGGCGUCUUUGAAAGUGAAGGCGAGUGAAUCCGUGUAUGCCGAUCUGACCUCGGUGAAGAGACACAGUGCCAUCCCAGACGAGGUGUAUGCAGAUUAUUAUACUUUGCAGGAAAGUGUGACGGACUCCCCACUUCCGGACUCCAGAAAAAACUGGAUCCAACGCCAAUGGUCCCGAGUUGGUAGUCUGAGAUCUACGUCGAGUUCGUCCAGCAGAAAUAGACAGCACUCCCAUGGUCAUGGUCCCCUUCCUACAACUGUGCUACCAAAUUCAGGACAUCGACCGUCUCUUUACGAGAGGAUAUUAAGCCGACGAUCGAGCAAAGAUCAUCGCAACUCUAGUCGAUAUCUUCCCAAUCGACUCAAUACAUUAAGCAUUGCGAAGGAAGGGAAUUAUACGCUGAUGGCCAAUCCAAAUUCUAGACCAAGAGUGCCAACACCAGAUGUCACGAAAGAAAAUCAAGUCAACUUUCACCAAUCUCACGCACCUCCCAUGGAAAAAAUGCCAAAUCGAGCCUUAUAUUCCAAUGAUAGUUCUGUUAUGACUCAAACCGUCACAAAUCCUGGUUACGGUUCUCCAUCCAAUCGUAGGACUGUGACCACUACGACCACCCUGCCUCAAAAUGGGACUUUAUCCGUACAACCUCAAAUUCCUCCACCCGUUCCUUCCAGUCCACGGAUAGCUCACAUGAAAUAUGUGACCUCUUCUGUACCACCACCACUUCCUCCCUCAACACCUUCUAUUUCAUCACCUUUAACCAUUCCAACGCCGAUUUCUCAGCGGGAAAUGCUCCCACCUCCGUAUGAUGCAAAUUUAGAUGAAUCUCCAUCCUCAUCCCCGAUAAAUGGAGGGACGAUGUUGAGCCCUAUCGCAGAAAAUGAUGGAAGUCCAUACUCGACCAGUUCCACGACGAGGUCCUGUCGAAGUUCCAACUAUCCGACGACCACGUCAAUAUUUGGGCUUGGGAGGAAACCAUCACCACCUCCGUUGGACGAACUUCCUCCGAUUCCACAGCCAACGAUUCCAAGUAUGGGGGUCAACAGUCAUGGGGGUCGGAGUGGUAGUAGCAACAAUAGUAGUGUAAAAUCAGACAAUUCCUCAACUACAGGGAAAACUAGACGGCUUGGUAGCAGCCGGCGAGUAAUUGGAGGGGAGGAAUUUCCACUGGACACAAAAGACCUCUUGACUCCUUCCUCCGUCAUUGACGAGCUCGAGAGCGUGCUCAAGGAAACCAUUUUUGAUGGGAGGGUCAACAACGGAUUCGUCCCCGACCUGAUCGAAGAAGGGAACGCGAAGGAGGAGGAUGACGAUGACGAGGAUGAGUUGGACAGCUCUCGAAACUACAUGACAAUCGCGGAGGUGAAUGAGUCCAAAGCAGAACUGGAGAAAAAGUUACAACAAUCGCAAUUAUCCAAUAGAGAUCCAGGGGGAGGAGAGGGCGGGGUAGGAGACGGUCCUGGGUCUGAUAUUCCGCCAUCUCUGCCUCUCCCAAGAUGUCCAACCUUUCCUGGUGCCGCAAUUUCAAAUACAAAUAAUAUCCAGAGUAGUAGUUACCACGCAGCGUCCUCAUCCGACCCGACAAGUUCUGACAAACCCACUACGUCUUCUCUUGGGGGAAAAGGUGGUAAAAUUCCUACUAAAUCCGCGUCAUCCGCCGCCCUUGUGCCUCUUCACGACGCGGAAGUGGAUGACGGAUAUGACGAGAAAGGGUCGUAUAACGACGAAGAAGAGUUCAGCAGUAGCACAGUGGUGGACAUAGAGGUAGCAUCUCCCAGUCAUAGUUUGGAUGACAAUAGUUUUAGCCCCAACAACAGCAAUAGUCAUGAUAACAACGCAAACAUUUCUACUAAUAAUAACAAUACUAUUAGCCAUAAUACUAAACAGAAGAGAAGUAACAAUAGUAGUAACAGCAGUAGUAGUCGCAGUACCAGUAAAAGUGGUAGUGGCAGCAGUAGUCCCGAUUUGCUCAGCAGUGGCAGUGGUGCCACUGGUACUCCGAAAUAUAGAAAAAAGUCUGCGUCCUCGUCAUCUUCAUCACAAAAUGACCCCACCAACUCAUCCCCCAAAGGCACAAACAGUCCUGUCCCACAGAACGAAAUGACAAUUAGUUCACAUUCUCCAAAAAGAAAGCGGAAAGGUCGAAAGAAAGGUGGGACAGAAGAACAAGAUGUUGUCGCCCCCGUUCUCGAACCCGCACAACCACAACCUCCUCCCGUACUUUCGAAAGACUGUGAAGUUUUUGUGUGAAUUUAAAAAUGAGAUAAUGCAAUAAUAAAUAUAAGUGUAAGAUUGUGUACAUGUUCUGUCUUUUAGGAAAGUUUGUUCCUACCCGUUUAGUUCUAAAUGUAUGUUUCCACAAUUGUUAAUUUUAUAUGUAUUGUAAGGGAAGUAAUUAUGAAUGUGCAUGCGCAUGAGAGGAGUAGUAGGAUUUCAAACUAUACUUUGUUCCUAUUUUGUGUGUUGUUAUAUGUUUGAUUUGGAUUAACUUUACUUUGGAGCAGCUACUUUGCAAAAUGUACCGAGUAGCACUACAUUAUACUUUUUUGAUUAAGUUGAAAUCAUUUAUUUUAGAUUAAUUUGUAAUUGUGAGAUGGAAAGACGGUAAGCAUAGCAUAAUGAAUGAGUUCCUAUUGGAAUUUCAUAGAAUGAAGAGGCUGGAUCUGUCGCUUAUUAAUAAUUAUGUAAUUUUGUUGCAUCAUCAUUGUUCUGGAGAGUUGUAUUGAAAAAAGACGCAAUAAAUAAGUGGCAUAAUUAGCACUUGCAACAGUGUUAAUGUAGACAUUACUAUAAA